AUGGAGAGAUACGUGGUCAAGCGGGCUCUGACGCAGGCCCAUCGGCAGCCGCUCGUGCCUGCUUCGCAGCAGUCGCAGCGGCAGGCACGGCCCGCACCCGCAGCCCCAUCCGCAGUGCUCCAGCCAUCGUCAUUGGCAUCCACCACUCUGUCGACGGCCACCCUCGGCACCGGUCCGUCCCGUAGUGCGCCAGCCUCGGGCCCUUUGCGAUGCCCCUCGUAUAGCAGCGCGCGCUGUGCUCCAAGCGUGGUGCCGUCGGCUCCUGGCCGCGACCCUCGCCUCGGCCUCGAUCGGCGGCCGUGGCACACGGUGCACCUCAGCGUCGGGUCCAGCCGCACGCUGACCACAUCGACGAAUCGCAGCUCAAAGGCUCCCUUCCAGUUCCUCACAUCCUACGCCUUUGCCGGAAAGCCUCGGCACCCCGAGGACGACCUACAGCAGCAGCAGCAGCAGCAGCAGCAGCAGCAGCAGCAGCAGCAGCAGCAGCAGCAGCAGCAGCAGCAGCAGCAGCAGCAGCAACGAGGCGGCGGCUCCAACUCGCAAGACGGCUCAUCGCCCGCACCCUCGCCAAAGGAGGCGGCCAAGAUCGGCUUUCCGGCGGAUAGCGACGUGGGGAGGUGGCGCGAUGCCCUGCUCAAGGGCGGCGAUGCGGGCGAGGAUGCUCUGCUGUGCACCGACAUGGGUGCGGCGGGCGACAAGGCCAUCGGCGUCGCAGACGGCGUCGGAGGCUGGACAGAGAGCGGCAUCGACCCGUCGCUCUUCUCGCAGUCGCUCAUGUACUACGCAUCCAAAAAGGCCGAGCUGUCGAGCGCAGAUCCCGAAACGGCGCUCGGUGGCGCUGGCGUGGCACCCAAGGCCAUCCUGUCCGAGGCAUUCGACAAGGUGCUCGACGAGCCCCUGGUGGUGGCCGGCAGCGCGACGGCCUGCCUCGUGACGCUCGACGCCGCCUCGGGCAUCCUGCGCAGCGCCAACCUCGGAGACUCGGGCUUCAUCGUGCUGCGGCAGGGCAAGGGCAAGCAAGGGCUCCUCUACGCCAGCCCCCCGCAGCAGCUCGGCUUCAAUACGCCGCUCCAGCUCGCCAAGCUCCCCAUCGAGAUGCGGCAAGAGGGAAGCAUCUCGAACCUGCCAAAGGACGCCGCCACGUGGGAGUGCAAGCUGCAGCACGGCGACCUCGUCAUCGUCGGCACCGACGGCCUCUUUGACAACGUCGACGCCCGCGUCGAGAUCCCGCAGUUUGCCAGGUUCAUCAAGGAACGGCAUCACGCAAAAUACGUCGCAAGGCAGCCCGAUGGGUCGGCCAAGAAAGACAGCCUCGAAGAGGACCAGGAGUUUGUCGAGGUGCUGGCCACCAACCUGGUCGAGUACGCGAGGAUCUGCCAGAACUCGCAGACCAAGCAGAGCCCCUUUGAACGCGAGGCGGCGCGGUACGGCAUCCACUUUCCAGGCGGCAAGGUCGACGACGUCGCCCUCGUCUGCUGCCUCGUCAUCGAAGGCUGA